AUGGGCUUAAGUGGAGCUAAACCUGCUGUUAUACCUCUAGAACUCAAUCAGAAGCUGACUUCUCUUGAGUAUGAUAAGGGGAUUGGUAGUCAAGGACUUAACCCUUUGAUAGAUGCCACAAGUUACCAGAAAUUUAUCAGAAAACUCUUAUAUCUUACAGUUACUAGACCAGACAUUAGCUAUGCAGUACAAGUCUUAUGUCAAUUUAUGCAAACUACCAAAAGAUCUCACAAGGAUAAUGCUACUCGUGUGGCGAAAUACCUGAAACAGGAGCCAGACUGGGCAGCAUGCCCAAUGAGUAGAAGAUCAGUCAGUGGCUACCUUGUUAAGUUGGAGAUUCUUUAA